AGACUACCAUUCUGCUGUGACGGCUCUGCUGUAGCUCUGCUGCCAUGUCAGUAGAGGAUGUUAUUCUAGGUUGGUUUAUAAGAGGAUAAAAAAAAACCAAAAAAAAAAAAAAAAAAAACGGGAAGAUGAGCCUGGAGGCGAAACGUCACAUUUUCAGUGGGAGCGACAGUGUGGAGAGACUGACCUAGCCGGGGAGAGGAAUAUGCGGCACUGUCACUCUGCAUGUCGAGUCAAAGCGUCGGAUAAUUACCGGAUAAACGUCCUGUAGCUGGACGGACGUUAGGCUUUUUUGUUUUUUGGCCGUCCAGGCAGAGGAUUUAUGAUCGCACCACGUUUCAGCGGGAACCUGGAUGAUCCUCCAGUCACGCCACCCCGGACCCCCCAGACCAGUUUCAUGGGAUCAGGACCAAUAGACUGACGGUGCCCUAAAAUAAAUACAGGGAAGAAUCACUCAAAGUUUAUACAACUGUCACCAAAAUACCAGGAUUUUUGGAUUAUGGUGCCACGUUUAGACAUUAAAUAAUGACUUAAGAACGGCGUAUCUUGUCUGUAUAUAUGUUCUAAUUACUGGAUGGAUGGGUAUCUGAGACAACAGCCUACUCCAGUGACUCGCUAAUUAAGAGAAAAUAACAAACUAUAAUUAGGCUUUAGGUUGGGAACUGUUUCCUCGUAUAGUUAAGCUCACUCAGUGACAAUCGCAACACAAUAAAGUUCUUAUUCCAACACUGAUGAUGCCACCCUGGGAGUCCUUUCAAGGCAGGGAGACUGGGGAAUGAAAGCGGCAUUUCUGCGUCUUUAACCGUACACUGAGGCGAAGGAGGGAGACAGCCGGACAAGCCACCGUCUUUUCUUUUCUGUUUUUGGAUUGGUCCGAAAAAUAUGUUUUUUGCGUGCCCCUUGGACUCCUGCACAAUGGGGAUUAUGCUUCAAGUUAUUCUAGGAAUGUUUCAGUUCCUGCUGCUCACCAGAAUACCGACGUCUCAUGCCAAGCUCGCUCACUGGCGGCCGGCAGACUCCCCCAAAUCCAGAGAAGGUCGUGAAGUGCGACGGUGGCUGGAGGUGUACUCGAGGAGUGGAUGCGAGCCUCGGGACACUCUGGUGGAGGUUUGGCGAGAGUUGCCGGGGGAGACCCACCACCUCUUCGUCCCGUCCUGCGUGUCGGUGAGGCGAUGUGGCGGCUGCUGUGCUGACGAGGCCCUGGAGUGUGUGCCCUCGCUCACACACACACUCACCAUGGAGCUGAUGAGGACCUCCUUCAUGAAGCAUGAGCUCAUUGAGUUGCCCUUUGUCGAGCACAGCCAGUGUGAGUGCAGAUUAAAAGAACAGUUUCAGCCAACACCUGCGACAAGGCUGUAUCUGAAGCCAACAAGAAAAGACAAGAAAAAGGAGAGGGGGAAGUCCAGACAGAUGACAAGGGAAGCCAUCAGAGCUGCGACCCAUGCUCCCCCAACUCUUCCUCCCCCAUCCUCUCCUCCUCCAUCACCUCCUCCCACCAUCUUCAAUUUCUCUCCCCCUCCGUCUCCCUCCCCGAGGCCUUGUUCCCUCCCCUGUAGAGGGAGGAAGUGGGCAUUGGAUGCAACGUCAUGUCAGUGCCGCUGCACCAUCAGAGCUGAGAGCUGCAGCCGGAAAGGCCGGAGGCUCGACCCUCACCGCUGCAAGUCAGUCCACACACGACCAAAAAAUAAAAAUCUGUUGCUUGAACUUCUGUUUUUUGGGUUUUGGACAUACAGGUGUGAUGCCAUGAGGACUUGAUGUGUCCACCCAUUUUCUUUUCACCUCCUUCUCUCCACCUACCCCUGCUGAUUCAUCGUCCACUCUCAGCAUCACUGCCAUGGAGCAUACAGACGCUUGGAUUUGAAUCAUCAUGACAUACAAGAACAACAGCGAUGAAUUGGACCGGUGUAACGCAGGUGUCCUACGUGUUGAUGCUUCAGUGGAAGUUGUAACUUGUUGCUCACAAGGAAACUGCACAUGGAGAUGUUAAGUCAAGGCCAGUGUUUGUUCGGAGGUUUUGAAAAACAUUGGGAACAGAUCAUUGGUGGACACAUACAGUCAGACAUACCAGAGGGACAUAGGACAUGCACAUGAACUGGCACCCCAGAGUGUGUGGGCCUAUAGUUGAGCUGAAUGCUGGGAUGGAGUGUAUCUGUGUGGUCUCCCCACUGAAAGACCCAGAUGGGUUAUCCCUGCAGCCGUUCUCUCCCAUUCAAAGCAUAUGACCACGGACUGGCUCUCCAAGCCGCUUUCUGGCAUUUGUUUAAUUUGGUCCUUUUGUCUGCAUCUUUUCUCUGCACCUCAACUGAAAGCAGCCGCUUUGCCUCUCUUUGCCUCUCUUUUAGGCAGUGAGGAGAAUGUCAAUAAUGAGGCCCUGGCGGCUGUCCACUACUUCACACACAAACUUUCACACAUAUAAUACCAGGCACACAGACAGCCCUGCAAAUGCAGACACACACAACCUCACUCAUUGUGUGCUAUGGCACACACACACAUACACGGAUAUAUAUACAUACACACAUGCAAUGUGAAAUGUAUGCAGGUAGCCAUAAGCUUUUGUUCGUGCCACACCAAGUGUGUAAAUAAAUGUCAGUUGUUUAUAUUUGCAAUUUAAUGCAAAGUCUUCAUUAAGUAUUGUAUUAUAUUCCCGUGUUUUAUAUUUUAUUAUAAUUCCGUCAAGUUGAUUGAAAAGAUAUUCUAUAUUGCAGAAUGUGUCUUUGUUUUGUUUUUGUUUUUUUCAUCCUUAAUCCAUCUGCAUAAAGAGUCAUGCUGGGUGGCCGGCUAUGUAGACACUCGGCAUCUAAACCGAUACCCAAAUGUAUUGAAUUUAAAUAGAGACGGCUCACAUGGGCCACAAAUGGGAGACUAUAUACAUUGUAAUGUGUAAUUCAAACAAUCAGUGGGGCAGUGUUGUCCGCAGCACUCAGAAGCCAAGCAAAUAGCAGUUCCCAGUGCAGUGAAAGGAAAACAUGGCUGUUGUUGUUGCACAUUCGAGCUGGGAUGGAAAGAGUAUUAUUCAUUUGGAACAUAACUUGUUUAUAUUCUGACUGAAUCUCACGGUUUAACUCCAUGUUAGUUCACGACUGCUCAGCUGCUGGGUGAGAACGGGGAUUUGAACUGUGACUGGUUCAGAAAGGAUGAGUUCUUGAGCAGCUUGUCAGUCAGCAGGACGAGACAAAGCCAGAGCUCUGCUGUUGUGAAGAGGACCCCUUAAUGGCAGGUCAGGGAGUUGAAACCCAUUUUUGACACCCAUUCAGAGCCCGUGUCCUGUGUUAAAUUUUACCAGUGACGUCUUAGCUCCAUGAGAAACAGUAGCUUUGAAACUCCAUGGUUCACGUCUGUACUCUCCCUGAGGAUUUGUGCCAUCCUGCUGAUUGAAGAAAAGUCACCCUGAAACAGCGUGCAGUCCAGAGUCUGAAUUUUUUCUGUGUCAGCCUUGGAGCAAAAGAACUUUGUUUCAGUUGCUGGUGUGAUAAGCUCUGUAUUUAUACUUUCCUGAGAUGAGAUUAUUUUUUCCAUGCUCAAGUUCAUUGUUCAGUGUUUGUUAUUACUGUCAAUCAAUACUUCAAUCACUACCUCUAUAUCAUAACAUACUAAUGACAAAGUAUUAGAGCAUUGUUGUUACUUUCUCUGUGUUAUUUCAGACCUCUUGUAAGGUAUUGAUGUUCUUAUUUACAUUUAGCAAUAAGCACAGUCUCCAGUUUAGCGACUCGGAGCUGCAGCAGAUAUGUAGUGAUAAUCACCUGUUUGGUUGAACAUAUAGGAGAUUUCGAAGUGCGUCUUAGAAAUCUGAAGGGAAGCAUAUUUCACGAGGAGAGCUGACCUGGUCCUCUGAGUAUAGACCAGACACUGUGUGAUAAUGUGGGACAGGAGAUGGUUUCCCAGUGCCUUUGUUGCUUCAAAUUAAUGGUGACCUUUUUUGGCUUUAAAGGAAUGGUUUUGACUUUUUUUGGGAAAUACAAUUAUUUGCAUUCUUGCUGAGAGUUAGAUGACAAGAUUGAUACAACUUUCAUGCAUGUACAGUAAAUAUGAAACUGAAGCCAGCAGUCAGUUAGCUAAGCUCCGCAUAAAGACUCUAGCAUGGUUCUGUCCAAAAGUAACAAAAUCUAUGUAGUAGCACCACUACAACACACUAGUUAACAUGUUAUAUCUCUUUUGUUUAACCUGUAUUUAAACCAAAGUGAGAAAAUUAAGUCACUGCUCUCUACCAAGAAAUAGUCUGGCUCAUAGUGCCCGGUAAAACAGGAGGGACUUUACUUGGAUUUAACAAGCAAGAUAUAACGAAUUAGUGUAGUGAUUAGUAACUGGUGAGCUUCAGUGGCACUGGUAGGCAGAUUUUGUUACCUUUGGAUAGAGCCAGGCUAGCUGUUUCCCCCUGUUUCCAGUCUUUAUGCUAAGCUAAUCUGAUGGCUCGUCAAACUACAUAUUUACCGUACAGACAUGACAAUUGUAUCGAUUUUCUAAUCUAACUGUCUGCAAGACUGUGAAUAAGCUUAUUUUCCAAAAUUUCCAACUAUUCCUUUAAUUUUGUAUUACCCACUUGCAGCUAUUUCUGCUCAUGCAUUUAUUAUUUGAGUAAAGUGAAACAUUUUCGAGGCUUAAUUUGUUAAUAAUUGCAUUUUGUGAACAAGCUAACAAACGUUUUGGGAAACCAUGAACCUCAGUACAGAUUGCACUUGUGUUUGAGAUUGCAAAGCACAUAAUGAACAUUAGUUCACCAGGGAAAAAAAAAAAAAAAAAAAAACUUCCUGUGAGGGCAGAA